AUGAACCUGCGUGCAUCGCUGUAUCAUUGUGUAUGUGUCUUCGCUAAGUUCGACCGCGUGUGUGCGUGUGUGAAGCAAGAGCGUACCAACGCCAAGGAGCCGAAGCGCCGGCACAUUCCCAGCGAGCAGCCUCACAAUCUAGAUAAGCAAAGGCCGUGCCGUAUCACGUCGUACCAGGUGCAAGCGCAAAACUCGUGCACUGCCCUCCUGUGCCGUCUGCUUGCCGUUCUCGUGUGUGUGUGUGUGUGUGUGUGUGUGUGUGUGUGUGUGUGUGUGUGUGUGUGUGUGUGUGUGUGUGUGUGUGUGUGUGUGUGUGUGUGUGUGUGUGUGUGUUGUGUGUGUGUGUGUAUGGGGUUUUACGAUGAGGAGCGCGAGGCGCUGCGUGAGCGCCCCACCACCAUUUCCUUCAUGAUGCAGCAAAAAGCAAUCGAGAGUGCCGAAAGUGGCGAUGAGGAUGCUAAGGCAUUGCUGCAAAAAUUGAAGGAUGCCAGUAACCUCCAGGCUAUUGAACUCACGGGCAGCAGUUACAGCAAAGAAUUUUGUUUUGAGAUGGCAGAUGCUUUGAGCGCCCACCCCUCCAUCGAGACUGUCCUCUUUGAUGACAUGUUCACGCGCCGCAAAAUCCCCGAAAUUCACCCCGCGCUCUCGCGCUUUGCCCACGUCUUUCUCAAAUUUGACAAUCUCACCUGGCUUGACCUCAGCGACAACGCCGUAAAUCCGCAGGGUGCAGAAAAUCUGUUUCCUCUUAUUUCCCGCUGCCUUACCCUCAAACGCCUCGUCCUCAACAAUACGGGUGUCGGCCCCAGCGGCGGCGCAACCGUGGGCAAGGCCCUGCAAGCAGCCUGUCGUUUGGGUCAGGAAAAGGGCACCCCCUACGCGCUCGAGGCCUUUAUCCUCGGCCGUAGCCGUCUUGAACUCGACGGCUCCAUUGAGAUUGGCAAAGCCUUUGAAAUGAUGGGCUCGCUGCGCGAGGUGCGCGUCAACAACAACGGCAUCUAUGAGGAGGGAAUCGUGGCGCUGGCCCGUGGCCUGGCGCACAACCAGAAUCUCGAGAUCUUGGAGUUGUCUGAUAACGCCAUCAAACGCCGCGGUGGCAUUGCUCUCGGGCACAUGGCUCGUCGUUGCCCCAAUCUGCACACGGUUCUUCUUGAGACCACAUGCCUCAGAGAUGCGGGGGUGAUCCCCAUUCUUGAAGGCCUAAAUGGCGCCAAGCAGCUGAGUCACCUCGACAUUUCAUACAACGACUUGACAAAACAAAGCUUGAAUGUGCUUCUGUCAAUCUUGAAGGGCAAGCCUGUGCGCCAACUCGAAGCCAAUGGCAACCUCUUUGGUGAAUCCGGCCGUUCCGCUCUUUCGACAAGCUACACAAGCCAAUUGGGGGAAAUGAGUGACAACGAAACGUCAGCUGAAGAAGAUGAGGAACCCGAGGACGAAAUUGACUACGACGAUAACAUGCCCACCGACAAAGUUUUUGACCGUUUCGCGCGUCCCGCUCAUCCAGCCAUUCUGGGCCUAAUCGCUCCUAGUGCCGCUACUGCGUCUGUCACACAGCAACUGGCCCAGCUUCCCAUCGACACAGCGACCACCCCACAGAUCACCGAACAACAACGCCUCACAACUAGGGGUGAACCACUCGCACAUUCCGUGGCUAGCCUGGCCAUGGCCGUUCAACAUUCUAGCAACAAAGCUGAGACCAUUGAAACACACGCAGCUGCGUAUGCGCGGUACCCCAAUGCAUUGCGGGACAUUGCUUUUGAGUUGUGCGUGCUGUCGGAGACGGAAGGUCUGGUGCACCUCAUCGACUUUAUCAUGAAGCCAAGCGUGGACGUGCUGUUUGGCUUUCUCAACAGCAUGUGUGUCGGCCUCGGCCUCAUCAAGGCAGAAACCAUUGUGGUUGGCAAGAAACUUGCUGAUGCAAAGCGUGUGCCUUUGGAUGAACCCGUGAGCGAGAAGCGCAUGUUGGCAGUCUACAAGGCCCUUGAGGCCACGGCCGAUAAACUGCCAGAAGUCAUAAAAAAUAGUUUGAAGAGCUUGGCCGACACGCAUGCCAUUGAGGAGCGCGCCAAGAAUCCGUACCACUCUUUUCUCAAAGAAGGCCCCUACUUAAAGGCUGGGAACCCGGUGAACCAGGCGAGGUUGCAACUCCUCAAAGCUUUCAACUAGCCACCGCAGCGACGAUUGUAACCAAGUCCAAUGUUUGCCUUGGCGACCCCCGAAUUCAUGCUAAAACCCG